UGAAAAAAACCCACAAUAAACCCUAAUGUACCACCAUCAUUCUCAAAGCUCCUCCGCCGCAUCGAAACGGCGAGUUUCCGAUUUCACGAUCAGAGAAUGGAAGAUACUAUUGAUUUGAAUGAGAACAAAAUGCUGACAGAGGAGAAACCGGAAACAUUUACUUCACCGGAACUGAAACAAGAAGAUGGUACUAUUAAGAAGAAGAAGCACACAAGUAGGAAGCCGAAGAAAAUCAAUGCAAAUGUGACACAACCGAUUCGAAACCCCAAUCCUCAGGUAUGUUCUGAACCCUUAGAAGCUUUACCAAUCACAGAACUCAAACCAAUUGAAGAAUCUACGUUACCUUGCUCAAAUGAGACAGUACGGAUCCAAAACCUAUGCUCUGAACCCUUAGAAGCUUCACCAAUCACAGAGCUCAAACCAAUUGAAGAAUCUAUGUUGCCUGAUUCAAACAUGACAGUAACGAUUAAAAACCCUAACCCUCAGGUAUGCUCCGAACCCUUAGAAGCAUCACCAAUCACACAACUCAAACCAAAUGAAGAAUCUACGUUACCUGAUUCAAAUAAAACUCCCAUGAAAAAGAAAAAGAGAAGGACGAAGAAAAACGUGCUCAAUUCUCAACAACCACAACCACAACCACUAUCACAAUCACAACCAGUACCAGAACCAGAACCAGAAUCAAAGGGACAUGGUAAAGCAGAGCUGAAUGAUAGGAAGACAAAUGAGGAGCAAAAGGGGGAAGAAUCAAAUGAAACGAAACCCUCGUUAGACAUUGCACUUUCUACUACAGAGAUAGAAAAGAAACAAGAAGCAGAACCGAUUCAAGUUUAUGCUGAAGGUGCAACAACUCCAACAGGUAAGAAGAAGAAACAAAAAAAAAGAAAAAAAAAGGAUGAGGCAGCCGUGGAGAAUCAGACGAAUGUAUUGCAUUUGGAGAAUGCAGUCAAUCAUGAUCAGAUCCAAAUGAACACAACAGACACAGAACAUAAAGAGGAGAGGCACAGGAGUGUGUUAGAUGGGGAACAAUUCAAUGAACACCAUGUUAAGCCGUUGGACACAGCUGUUCAGAGACCUAUGGAACUUGUAACAGAACCCUCAAUCCAUCCAAUAGAGUCUGAAUGCCAUAUUGAAGCACCGCCAACAGAUCCAAUAAUCCUAAUUGAUCCUCACCCUGCAACCCCAAUAGAGGCAGAACAGAAGAUUGUCAAGAAAAGUAAAAUUGAGGGUAAUGCAGAGCUGAAUGAUAAGAAGAAAAAUGAGGAGAAACAAGGAGAAGAAUCAAAUGAAACGAAACCUUCUUCAGACAUUGCUGUUUCUACGAUAGAGAUAGAAAAGAAACAAGAAGCAGAACCAAUUCAAGUUUCUGCUGAAGGUGCAACGACUCCAACAGGUAAGAAAAAGAAAAGACGAAAAAGCAAAAGAAAAAAAAGGGACGAGGCAGCUGUGGCGGUGGAGAAUCAAACAAAUCUAUUGCAUUUGGAGAAUGCAGUCAAUCAUGAUCAGGACCAAAUGAACACAACAGACACAGAACAUAAAGAGAAGAGGCACAGGAGUGUGUUAGAUGGGGAACAAUUCAAUGAACACAAUGUUAAGCCGUUGGACACAGCUGUUCAGAGACCUAUGGAACUUGUAACAGAACCCUCAAUCCAUCCAAUAGAGUCUGAAUGCCAUAUUGAAGCACCCCCAACAGAUCCAACAAUCCUAAUUGAUCCUCACCCUGCCACCCCAAUAGAUGCAGAACAGAAGAUUGUAAAGAAAAGUAGGAAGAGGAAAAGGAAGGGUGGCCUCAAAAGUGACGGGGAAGCAAAACCUAAUGAACACAAUGGAGAGCCACAUGAAACUCUAGUUCAGAAACUUAUGGGCCCUGUAACAGCACCCUCAACAAUCCAAAUGGACCCUAACCGUGAAACCGGUUUUCAGAGACCUAUGGAACCUGUAACAGAACCCUCAACUGAUCCAAUAAACCCUGAAUGCCAUAUAGAAGAACCUUCAACAGAUGCAAUAAUCCUAACGGAUCCUCACCCUGCAACCCCAAUAGUUGCAGAACAGAACAUUGUAAAGAAAAGUAGGAAGAGGAAAAGGAAGGGCGGCCCCAAAAGUGACGGGGAAGCAAAACCUAAUGAACACAGUGUCGAGCUGCAAGAAACUCUAGUUCAGAAACCUAUAGGCUCUGUAACAGCACUGUCAACAAUUCCAACGCACCAUCACCCUGAAACCGAUGUUCAGAGACCUAUGAAACCUGUAACAGGACCCUCAACUGAUCCAAUAAACCUUGAAUGCCAUAUAGAAGCACCCUCAACAGAUCCAAUAAUCCUAAUGGAUCCUCACCCUGCAACCCUAAUAGUUGCAGAACAGAACAUUGUAAAGAAAAGUAGGAAGAGGAAAAGGAAGGGUGGCCUCAAAAGUGAUGGGGAAGGAAAACCUAAUGAACACAUUGGCGAGCCGCGAGAAUCUCUAGUUCAGAAACCUAUGGGCCCUGUAACAGCACCCUCUACAAUCCCAACGGACCCUCAUACUUCAUCACCAAUAGACUCAGAACAGAAGAAACCGAAGAAAAGGAAAAAGAGCAAGAAAAGGAAGGGUGACCUCAAAAGUGGAGACGGAUUACCCAAUGAAGUGAAUGGACUCAACGGCAAGCAACCUGAAAUUUCAGUUCAGAAUUCUAUAGACCCGAUAAUUCCAGCACCCUCAGUGGCCCCAACAGUCCCCAUAGACCCUGCAAUCCCAAAGGACCCUCACCCUGCAACACUUGUUAAACCAAAACAGAAGACCUCAACGACAGAGAGUAAGAAGAAAAGUGAAAAGAAAGUUAAGGAAAGAAAAAAGACCCCAAUGAAAAAGCCAAGGUGGAAAAGGGAACUUGAAGAAAGAAAUGCCGCCAAAGAACUAGUCGAAGUGGAUAAAUUACAGUAUCAUCCAUUAUAUCAUCUUGGUCCAAAUUUUACGACAUGUUGGGCAUGCCGACAGCCCGAUCACACAAUUAAAGAAUGCAAAGAGCUUAGACGUGUCGCUAAGAAUGCGGAAAUUUGCUUCUUUUGUGGGGAAAUUGGGCACUCACUUAGAAAAUGCUCAGUGUCUCUAGCAGGUGGUGGAAGGCUUGCUAGGUGCUUAUUCUGUCAUGCACAUGGACACUUCAGCUAUAAAUGCCCUGGAAAUAGUCCUGUCCCAACUUCCGAAGGAGUGGUGGCCGGUGGAAGCUGAAAGGAAAAUCCAGUGUUGAAUUUGUGACGGGAGGAAAUUGUCUGUUUUAAAUAACUUAAUCACUGUUUUAAAUACUCUUAACUUUUAUAAAAUUUUAUUUAAUUUUUUGGUAUCCUUCUUUGGUUACUUAAAAAGAUUGGAAUAAUAUAUUACUAAAUUUUGUAAUAGUUUUUUAGAAAUGAUAAUCGUUAAGAAUACUUUUUGAUUUA